CUGUUUCCGUGUGGCGGUAGCUCUUCGGGUUGAACCCGGCUGGUGGCCCGCUCUUGCACAUCGCCCUCCAGCCGCUGGCCGCUCGCUCUUACGCCCGUUCCAGGACCAGCUCCAGUUCGGGGACCCUCCUCGGGUGAUCGCAUUCGUAGUAUUCGUCUUGACCUUAGCUCCAUUGUCUGGGUGUAUCUCCUUUGCCCGGGAGACAGCGGGUUGGCAGGCCUCCAUGACCCGGGAGGCCUUCCCCGGGAGAGAUAUAGCGCUCUGACUCGCUCGCACCCCCUCACUUAGCCACUUUCGACACCCGUUCUCGGAGCCAAGACCAGGUGUGUGUUUCCAGUUCACGCCCGAUCUAAAAAUGUCGUCAUAUGAUCUUCGUGGAGGCGUGAGAUAGGAACAUUUGAGACCAACAGGUGGAAUCGUCGUCACACGCUUUGGCGUGCUUGGUGGAUAUCGCCAAGAAAAGGAAUAUGGGGCGUCAGCGUUCCAGUACUUCAGCCACAGACGGCCCUUCGAACAAGGUCCGGACUCAGUCCGCUGCCCCAGCGGAUGCAGAAACAAAUCAGCUGCUACAGACCAACCAAUAUUCGGUGCUCCCAGAGGACACUGGAAGCAACGAUGCCGUCAUCAAAAAGGAGCGCGUUUCCCCGCUGUUCACAUCUAGGAUGGACUUAGUGAAACUCGAGUCUGAGCUUUCCCAACAACAUCUCAAGCCGCGAUUCAAGCUGUGUAGCGUGGGCAUCAAAAUCGUAUGCUCCAGCCUAAAGGAGUAUCAACAAGUCGGGGCCUACCUGAAAACCGAAGGCGUGCAAUUUUACACACACGAUAUGCAAGCGGCGAAACCUCUGAAGGUGGUUUUACGUGGACUACCACCUGUCGGCCCGGAGGAAGUUAAAACUGAGCUGUCCAAUCUUGGUUUGAAACCGGAGAACGUCUUCGCGAUGACUCGUCGCCCAAACAACAACACGUGGAACCAGCUGUUCCUAGUACACUUCGCCAAGGGCACCACCAACAUCAGCUCGCUCAAAAACAUCAGUGAUUUAUUCCGCGUCAUUGUAUCAUGGGAGCUGUAUCGUCCCCAGCACCGAGAUGUCACACUGUGCACGAACUGCCAAAGGUUCGGACACGGUACCAAAAAUUGCUACAUGCAGGCUCGCUGUGGUAAAUGUGCUGGGAAUCAUUCCAUGGCGUCCUGUGGUCUGGCUGAUGACCAAAAGUCGAAGUGUGCUAAUUGUGACGGUGAACACCAAGCAUCCAACCGAUCCUGCCCUAAGCGAGCUGAAUUCGUCACCAUCCGACAAAAGGCGACCACAUCCAACCAGCCUAGUAGACGCAAGCGUAACGUUCGUCCCCUACCGAUUACCUCGGAUGCGGAGUAUCCAGCUUUCCAGCAACGCCAUCAGGUCCCAAAUUUACACCCGCUUCCCCUCAACAGUCAGCGUAACACCAAUACAUCUCCUGCUACUAAUCAAAUCGAUGAAGCAGUCCGCAAUCGUCGUUCAGCACAGCCCCGCCUCGCAGCUGCUGCCACUCAACCGAAUCAAGGGCACUCCUCCACCUCCUCCACGGACAGUACGCUAUUCACCACACAGGAGAUGCUAACUCUCGUGUCAGAAGUCAUCACAAUAAUGCCAAAUAUGUCCCGUGAAGCUGUCAGCAUUGCAAAUUGUAACGCUUGCUCGCUGAGAAGCAAGCAUAUCGAGCUACUAGAUUUCCUCAAUAACAAGGAGAUCGAUGUUGCUUUCAUCACCGAGACGCACCUUAAACCGGAAAUCAACAUCUUUCUUCCGGAGUUUCGGCUCCUAAGACUCGACAGAACCAGUGCAGAUAAAGGGGGAGUGGCCGUUGCUGUGAGACGAAACAUCGACUGCCGCCUGCUGCCGAACAUUCAGCUCAAAACCAUCGAAGCCAUCGGUAUCGAGGCUCGUACAUCGAUUGGGCCAAUCAUCAUCAUUGCGGCAUACUGUCCUAAGCAAGUCAACAUCAGGGACGGUUCAGCCGCACUGCUACGGAACGACUUGGCCAAGCUUACACGGCGGCGGGCGAAAUACAUCAUCGCAGGAGACCUGAAUGCUCGGCAUGCGAUUUGGGGUAACCGAAGGCAAAACCGGAACGGGAUCAUCCUUGCGGAGGACUUGGAGAGUGGUUAUUACAAUAUCUUGGCGCCGAACAGUCCAACAAGAAUUUCCAGAUCGGGAGUUCACUCUAUUCUGGACAUUUUCCUGACCAUUAUGGCCAUUUCCGAGGAUCCACUCGUCUUCGAGGAACUGUCAUCCGACCACUUCCCGGUGGUGCUUAAGUUGGGUGCCUCUGCUGAUACGGUGGCCAAUCAUUCCCGUAAUCCAGGAUAG